AUGGAAUUCUUUAUCGCGAGCCUCCACCACAUAUUCGUGGAGGGCGAGAACAAGGGCUUCUCGGCCGCCUACGCUGAGACUCUGUCAAAUUACCACUCGGGGAUGACGGCCUUUGGCGCCAAGGCGCUGCUGAUGGCAAUGCCUGGUAAAGAGGGCAUCUGCGCCUUGGAGUCGAUCUGUCCCGAGGCGCCAGAUGUUAACAGCCGGACCGCAUGCAUCUGCCACGACAUGUUCGAGAUGACCACCGCCGUGCUGCCAGUGGUCAGAAAAAUGAUAGCGAUUAUGAAAGAAAUGGAUUUGUGGGAGGACGGCAGGGUGUAG